CGGCACAGCACCCCCUCCAGAGUGUCAUGUGGGUCGGGCCAUGGACGCCAGAGGCCGGGGGCCACCAGCACCCUCUGUGAGCAGCACCUCCCCCACCGAGGGCGCCCCUCCUCCGGGCGGUGCUGGGCGCACCCCGCACCCACUCCCCAGGCCCCAGCACCCCUCCCACGAGCUCCUCAAGGAGAACGGCUUCACCCAGCAGGUCUACCACAAGUACCGCCGCAGGUGCCUGAGCGAGAGAAGACGCCUCGGGGUCGGCCAGUCCCCGGAGAUGAACACCCUCUUCCGGUUCUGGUCCUUCUUCCUCAGAGACCACUUCAACAAGAAGAUGUACCAGGAGUUUAGACAACUCGCCUGCGAAGACGCGAAAGAAAAUUACAGGUACGGCCUGGAGUGUCUGUUCAGGUUUUAUAGCUACGGGCUGGAAAAAAAAUUCAGACAAGACAUUUUCAAGGAUUUCCAAGAAGAGACCAAGAAGGACUAUGAAUCGGGGCGGCUGUACGGGCUGGAGAAGUUCUGGGCUUACCUGAAGUACUCCCGGUCUGGGGCGCACGGCGUGGACCCCGAGCUGCAGCGCUACCUGGGCGGCUUCCAGAGGCUGGAGGACUUCCGCGGCCAUCCCCCUGUAAGCGAGGGGUUGGGACGAAAAAGACAUUUAACCACUUCGGGUGAGGAGCGUCCCCAGCGACCCCCGUCAGAUGCCUCUGCGAUGCCACCCGCCCCUGCCCGGCCCUCACCUGCCUCGUCCUCACCUGCCUCGAGCUCCCCUGCCUUGCCCUCACCUGCCCCGUCCGGGAACGCAGCGGCCCUCUGCCCGCCCGCCUGGUGCUGCCUCGGGCUCAGCCAGCGGUGACCGCCGGGAGGAGCCCGGGGAGGCCGGGCCCGGGGAGCCCAGCCCCCAGCAGGCGCCUCCGACGUGCCCUCGGGAUAAGGGAUAAAGGAUAAAUCAGACAGAGGAGAGAGGAAGACAAGUGCUGGCAUUUUUUCAAGCAAGAUAACGUCUAGAAAUGUUUUCCCAAUUUCAUAAACAGGACAGCUCUGGUGGCUUUUCUAGAAACCCUCUCGUCAC